CCAGUCGAAGAUGGACUAGCGUGAGGGAAGCUUCGUUUUGUUAGAACGAAGGAGGGUUUGAGUGAGAGAGAUAGAAAGCAAGAGAGUGAAGUGAGUGAAAGAAAAGAGUGUCCUGUGGGAAAUUUUCCUUUCCCUUCGCCGUGGAUGGGGUGGUCGUGGAUGGGAAAGAAAAGUUCAAAGUUUGACCUUGUUUGAUUGCUGGCCCUUUGCGGUGAAAAGAAGGGCUAAUUGCUUGCCUGGUUUGGUUCACAGCACAGUACAGGGCAGCUUUGUGGGUUUUUUUCCCACCCACUCAAGUAGUGAAUCAUUGUUUUAUUGGUAUCACAUGAGCAAAAAUAUUGCAUCAAACGGAACCGUCGGCCGGGUAUGUGUGAAGUGUUCAAAAUGAUUCAGUAAUAUCGGCUAAAAAAUUAAUACAAGCUAAUUAAAUUAGCGCUUCCUUUGUGAUACAGUGUGUGUUUUGUGUUCAGUUUUAAAGGCAAGCGUGUAAAUUGAUAUAAAAUUCAGAUCUUAAGCGAUGACUAUCACACGAACUCAGCUCAGCUUUAAUUAACUUUGCUCAAGAAAAUCAGAAUAUUAAUCAUUGUCUACGCAAGUGAAACGUAAAGUUCGAACCAAACCCAAUCACACAAUGUCGAUGAUCAAAUGCUGCUUCGAGCCGCUGGAGAUGCCCGAGUUCCUGGACUCGUUUGUGAAAAAGUGCACCGAAGGAUGUUGCUGCGGUUGCUGUUCGGCGUUGCGGCCCCGCUACAAGCGGCUGGUGGAUAACAUCUUUCCGGCCAAUCCGGAGGACGGAUUGGUGAAAUCGAACAUGGAAAAGCUCACCUUCUACUCGCUGCGCUCGCCGGAGAAGCUGGACCGGAUCGGGGAGUACCUGUACCAGCGCGCCUCGAAGGACAUCUACCGCAAGCGGUACAAGUUCGUCGAGAUCGCGAUGGAAGCGAUGGAUCUGCUGCUGAUGGCCUGUCACGCGCAGAUACUGAACCUGUUCGUCGAAUCGUUCCUGCGCAUGGUGCAGAAGCUGCUGGAGGACACGAAUCCUACGCUGCAGAUCAUGGCCACCAAUUCGUUCGUGCGGUUCGCGAACAUCGAGGAGGACACACCGUCCUACCAUCGGCGGUAUGACUUUUUCAUCUCCAAGUUUUCCUCCAUGUGCUACGGCAACAACGACGACAUGGAGCUGCGCGACAGCAUCCGGAUGGCCGGCAUCAAGGGGCUGCAGGGCGUCAUCCGCAAGACGGUGUCGGACGAUUUGGUGGCAAACAUUUGGGAGAAGCAGCACAUGGAGAAGAUUGUUCCCUCGCUGCUGUUUAACAUGCAAUCGGGGCCGUCGAAAUCGACCGACACGGAAGCGACCCCGUCGACGCCACCGUUGCUAGCGGAAGCGGUUCUGCGGGAGCUGGUCAGCAGGGCAUCGUUUGGGCAUAUCAAAUCGGUGCUGAAGCCGCUGCUCACGCAUCUGGACCAUCAUAAGCUGUGGGUGCCGAACAAGUUCGCGAUCGAUACGUUCCGCAUUGUGAUGAUCUCGAUCCAACCGCAGUACUCGUACACGGUGGUGGAAACGCUCAUGUCGCACCUGGACCAAAAUCUAACUUCCUCGCCCAAAACGCGAACCUCGCUUGCGGUCGUGCUUUCCAAGAUUAUUGCCAUCGCUGCGGGUGAAAGUGUCGGCCCAUCGGCACUGGAUAUUAUUAACAAUCUGCUGAUGCACCUGAAGACGAGCGUUAGCACGCAGCACGACGAAUCAACGCCGGAAGAGACGCAGUACCAGGAGGCACUGAUCAACGCACUGGGCGAGUUCGCCAACCAUCAUCCCGACUAUCAGAAGAUUGAAAUAAUGCUCUUCAUCAUGAACACGGUGCCGGAUCCGUCGCACAAGAGCAAGGGUGACCAUCUGCUGCAGAACAUUCUGCUGAAGAGUUUGCUGAAAGUGGGCACCCAAUACCGAACCGUUUCGUUCGAGAAAGCAUUCCCCGUAUCGUUCCUGCAGCCGCUGCUCAAGAUGGCACGGGCCGCCUCCAUCCCGAUCCGCAUCAUCGUGAUGCAGAUCUUCCAGCAGCUGCUCGACCGGCACCAGAACCAGCAUCUGCUGAACGUGAUCAACGUGAGCCACUAUCCGACGCUGACGAUCGAAACGCCAUCCCGGUCGGACAUACUGUUCACGCACAAGUACGGCUCGAACAUACUGCAGGCCAUCAUCGAGAGCAUGUCGCAGGAGAACCAUCUGGAGGUGCUGAAAUCGUCCUACAACACGAUCGCACUGGUGAUCGUCGAGAUGGCGUGCGGUGAAACGAUGCAAGAGUUUCUGCUGUUCAUAUUGGGCGUACAGCAAGUGGCCGUAACCGAGGUGGAACUAUCGCCAAAGCAUCGCUGCAAUCUGCACAGCAUUGCCAUUUCGCUGCUGAUCCUGCUCGGACGCUGUACCGGUGUCGGGCCGCUGGUCGAGUACGUCGAGAAGCUGAUACAGGCACGCAAGGAGGAGGCUUCCUAUCUGCUGCCCCCGCUAAUGGACAACGACAAGAGUGCACCGAGCACGCUGAACACCAAUCUGCCCCAUCUGCUCGUGGACAAGCUGGCGGUGGCGGAAUGUUUGCAGCAGGCCGGGCUGGAGUGCAACCGCGUCCAGACAGGGACACCGUACGCCCUCAACCAGACGGACAUAUCGGCGCACCGUCACUCGUGGGUUGACACGCACAGUGCCGUUCGGAACAGUGUGGUCGAUGCGAGCUACAACGACAUCGAAAGCGUCAGCAGCUCCCCGGGCGUCCAGAAGCGCUCGCUCGCCUCCGAGUACAACUUCGAGUCGAUGAAGCGCGUGCUGGCCGAACCGACCGAAGCUUCGAAGCGUGAGGCGCGCGAAAAGCAGAUGCAAAUUGGGCGCACGUUCCGGGAGACGGCGUUCGAGGAUUUGGUACGCCGGACCGAACCCAAGCACGACGUCAUCCAGAACAAGCUGAACGAAAUCUUUAACGCCCUGUCGGCGGAACGACAGAUUUCGGCUUCCUGCGGUGUACAGGCCGGUUCGCUGCUGCUUGCCGCCAACGGGGGACUCAACGGGCCGUCGAUGAUUGAGCCGGGCAAGCAUCACUUGGCGGCCGGUGGUCAGCGGCCAAUCUACGAGAAUAACUUUCCGGAAUUGUUCUUCUAUUAGAUGGUGGUAGUUUAAUAGAGAAGUAUUUGAAUUGGUGAACUUGUUUCUUUAUGAAAUUGUUGGAUUUCAUCACAAACGUGGUGUUUGGAUGAGUUUUGUUCCUGUUUUCAUUUAUUUAUUUGGACGUUGGCAUUAUUGCAUACGUAGGUAAUGGCUAAAGAAUUAUUAUUAUUAUUUGAAAUAUAUAUCAAUGGUUGUCUUCAAUUCCAAAAA